AUGCCAAAUAUUAAAAAUAUUCUUGUAGUCGGUACUGGUGGGAUUGGAAGCGAAUUGGUAAAAUUAUUGUAUUUAUUACCAGAAUCUCAAAUUUCUUUAAUAGAUUUUGAUACUAUUGAAUUAACGAAUCUUAAUAGACAAUUUUUAUUUACAAAUAAUGAUAUAGGAAAGUAUAAAUCUGAAAUAGUAGGUAAUAAAAUAAGAGAAAGUACUAAUUGGAAGAUUACUUCAUAUACCGAUUCCAUUUAUAAUUAUGAUUUAGGAUUUUUUAAACAAUUUGAUGUCGUUUAUAACUGCUUAGAUAACAACGAAGCACGAACUUAUGUAAAUACAAGAUGUUACCUUGGGAGUGUAAAACUUGUGGAUGGAGGAUCUGGGGGAUUUAAAGGACAAUCUUGUAUUUUUGAUUAUACAAAAGAAUGUUUUGAUUGUCUUCCAAAACCAAUACAAAAAAGUUAUAAUGUUUGUACGAUCAGAACAUUACCAACUAAAUUUGAACAUUGUAUUGAAUUUGUAAAAGAAACGUUUUUUAAUGGUGAGUAUAAUUUCAAUAGUCUAAUUAAAACGGACAAUAUGUCACUUUAUUCAGAUUUUAUUCUAAAACUUACAGUUAAUAAUGAAAAUAAUAUAACUCCUUACAAAAAAGAUAUAAUUAAAAUUAAAAAGUAUUUACUCAAACUAAAAAGAAAGAAUCUUAAUGUAUUGUCUUAUAAUAAAGAUAAUAUAUACGAAUGUAAAUUGUUAUAUAAAUUGUCAUGUAUUAGAUCCAAAUCUGCAAAUAUUGAACUAAUAUCUUUUUUUGAUUUUCAAAGUAUAGCUAACAAUAUUAUUCCUUCUUUAUGCAGUACAAAUGCCAUAGUAGCUUCUUUAAUGAUUUUGAGUGAACGGAAUAACACGCACUAUUUUUUAACACACAACAAGAAAUUAUUUAUAGGAUUAGAUCCGGGGGAUAAAAAUAGAGAUUGUCAUGUGUGCAGUAAAAAAUGGAUUGUUCUUAACAUUAAAAAAGAUUCUAUGGCUAUUGAAUUAUUUGAUUUUAUUAAUCAUCUUUUAAAUGUAAAUAUAAAAUAUUUAAUGACAGAAAAUGGAAAAUUUUAUAGUAAAUUUCCAAAUAAUCUUGGAGAUAAACUAGAAAUAAAUGUAAAUAGUGUUGGUACACUUGGAUACAAUAAUGAAGAGAUUUUAAAAGUAUAUUUUAAUGAAUUAGAGGAAUCUUUUAGAGUUAUUAAAUAA